AUGGGAAAGGCAAUAGAUUGGUGGGAAAGCAAAUGUGAUAUUCAUUGCCAAGUUAUGGGAAACUUGGCCAACAAGUUGAACAAAGCAUAUGUUGGAGAAGUGAAGCAAACUCUAAAAGCAAUAAGUCGGACCAAAGAGUUAGAGUCCCUCAAGUUAAAAUUGGAAGAGACAAAGAAAUAUGUUGUCCAACAAUUCACAAAAUCUGAAGAAUAUAACCAUGAAAUGGUUGAAUGUUUCAACAACGGCUUCGAGAUGUUCCGAGAUUAUGCUUUGGUAAUCUCACCAUACUACAAUUGGAGCGAAAUUGAUGUAGCUGGUGUCUGGCAGGUGCUGAAUAUGGGUGGAGAGGGAAUGGGUCAUCAUAGCCUCAUGCAUGCAGUGAGGAUGAAGGCCAAAGACAUGGAUCUUUUGAUGGACCUCUAG